AUGCCUGGAGAACGAGAGGAUGAGAUUUGUCGAAAGGCGCUGGAGCUGCUGUCCGAGCUGUGUUCCAAGGGAGAAGUCCAGGAUGACCACUGCCUGGACUUCAUCUACUACUUCCGGGACUUGGCCAGACCCCGCUACACGGACUCAGAUGUAUCUGUGAGCCUUCUGUCUCUGCUGGUGACUUCUUGUGGUCUGGCCCUCUUCAGUGUGUCCCUCUUCGUCACCUGGAAGUUAUGCUGGGUGCCACUGAGCGGACGCUACCUCCCAGACAUUCUGAAAGGGGCGCAUUUCCUGGGAGGCGACCAGCAGCCCGUCCUCACAGAAGUGGAUGGAGAUGAGCGGGAGUACAGUGAGGAUGGGUGUGUGAAGGACCCUUGUGGGCCUCCGUUGGCCACAGCCGUCCCAGAAUCAGGCUUGAAGAUCAGCCACACGUCACCUGAUAUUCCUCUGGAGGCUCAGAGCAAAGUGGAGAGGAACCAGGUCCACACCAUUGCCAGGGACAGAGUGCAGAGGCAGAUCACGGAGCCCACCUCCUCUGUGCGUCACAACUCUAUCCGGCGUCAGAUGAACUUGUCCAAUCCGGAUUUUAACCCAUCUCAGUUCCAGCGGCAGGAUUCUCUGUCUGGACUGGGUCGGAUCAAACCGGAGCUUUACAAGCAGCGGUCGGUAGAGGGGGACGACAUCCGACGGACUAACAGCUGUGGACGCAUUUACUUCAUCCUGAAGUUUGACUUUGAUCUGGAACAGCUCAUUGUAAAGAUCCACAAGGCUCAGGACCUCCCUGCCAAAGACUUCUCAGGGACGUCUGACCCAUAUGUAAAGAUCUACUUACUGCCAGACCGCAAAAACAAGCACCAGACUAAGGUUCACCGCAAAACCCUGAACCCUGUGUUUGAUGAGGUCUUCCUUUUCCCCGUGGCCUACGCAGAGCUGUCCAGCCGCAAACUCCACUUCAGUGUCUAUGACUUCGAUCGCUUCUCACGCCACGAUGUGAUUGGACAAGUGGUGGUCGACAACUUCCUGGAUCUUGCAGAUUUCCCCAGGGAGACAAAACUGUGUCGGGAAAUACAGUAUGUCACUUCGGACAAUGUGGAUCUGGGGGAGCUGAUGUUCUCCCUGUGUUACCUCCCCACGGCGGGCAGACUCACCAUCACCAUCAUCAAAGCCAGGAAUCUCAAAGCCAUGGACAUCACCGGAGCUUCAGAUCCGUAUGUGAAGGUGUCCCUGAUGUGCGAGGGCAGGCGGCUGAAAAAAAGAAAAACUUCCACGAAACGUAACACUCUGAACCCCAUCUACAACGAAGCCAUUGUGUUCGACGUCCCGCCUGAGAACAUAGACCAGAUCAGUCUGCUCAUCGCUGUCAUGGACUAUGACCGGGUGGGCCAUAACGAGGUGAUCGGGGUGUGCAGAGUGGGCAGUGAGGCUGAGACUCUGGGCCGAAACCACUGGAACGAAAUGCUCUCGUAUCCACGGAAGCCCGUCGCACACUGGCACCCACUCAUAGAGUGGGUGGGACAAGGAACGACAGAGAAGGGAAGCCAAGGCGGGUCCACCAACUCCCUUAAGGUGCCCCCCUCUCCGUAA